AUGAAAAAGGGUGGACUAUCUAAUUAUGCAGAGGAUGAUCAGUGUACAGAAGGAAUACAAUGGAUUAAGAAUAUUUUCUCCGAUUGCGUAGAUACUGAGCUAAAGCUCAUCGGUUUCGUAAUUGGAAUCAUUUCUCUUCUUCUAUGGCUAGUCCCCCUUUUUCCUCAACUGUUACAAAACUACCGUACUAAGAAAUGCGAUGGACUUUCAUUGGCUUUUCUAUUCUUCUGGCUUGUAGGUGAUACCUGCAACAUGGCCGGAGCAAUGCUUACUAAUCAACAACCAAUUCAAAAAAUUAUUGGUGUUUAUUAUAUCAUUCAAGAUCUUGUUCUAUGGACUCAAUACGGUUAUUAUACUAAAGUAUAUCCUAGGAGGGCGCAAAGAAGUGCUACAAUAGUUGUUCCAUGUCUAGCUUUAGCUUCGUUCGGUACUCUUCUUACUCCGCAGCUUGCCGGUAGCAGUGGCACUGCUUCUUCCCGUCACAUUAGACAAAGUGGUUUCUUAGAAACAUCGACAAUAGCCUUAUUAGGAGAUCAACAGCCAGUCUGGGCAUUUUUCAAUAAUUAUUCUGAUUUGCUCGGCUAUAUCAUUGGAAGUAUUGCUGCGCUCUGUUACUUUGGUGGAAGAAUUCCCCAAAUAAUUAAAAAUUACAAAAGAAAAAGUUGUGAAGGCUUAUCCUUGACAAUGUUCUACAUAAUCGUAGCGGCUAAUUUAACUUAUGGUAUUUCGGUGCUGUUAGCAACGACUGGAUGGCUUUACUUUUUCCGCCACAUUCCAUGGUUAGCUGGAAGCUUAGGUUGUUGUUGUUUUGACGCUGUGAUGAUAAUGCAAUACUUUUAUUAUAAUAAACGGGAAGUGAGUGAUGAAUCAGCACAACAUCUAUUAGAAGAAGAGGAAUGA